UGCAAAGAGGCGGAAGUCCAAAUUUAGCGCCAACAGUUAAAGCAGAAGAUGGAUGUACGGAAAGUGAAGACUAAAGUUUCCUCGGGGUUCAAAAUGAGGGGACUAAUGCUCCGACCGGAAGCCAGUAAAUAUUUGCUGGAGGUCCUGGAGUCUGUCCGUGAGGCAGAUUUGAAUGAUGUCAUUGAGCGCAUAUUGGAUGCUGUGGAAAAGCAACCCCUGUCCUCGAGCAUGAUUGAGCUGUCAGUGGUGGAGAUAGCUGUGCAGGACUGCAGUCAGUCAUGUGAUGAAACAAUAGACAAUGUGUUCAACAUCAUUGGAGCCUUUGAUGUUCCCAGAUUCAUUUACAGUGCGGAGAGGAAGAAAUUUGUACCUCUGAACAUGACAUCUCACCCAUCCCCUGGCCUGUGUGGCCUGGCCAAAGAUAAAGCUGAACUCUUCAGAGAACGCUAUACCAUCCUGCAACAGCGCACUCACAGGCACGAGCUCUUCACCCCACCUGUCAUUGGUUCAGCUCCUGACGAAAGCAGAAAUAAGUUCCAGCUGAAAACUGUGGAGGCUCUGCUGGGAAGUACAAGUAAGCUCGGAGAGGUCAUUGUCCUUGGCAUGAUAACACAACUAAAGGAGGGCAAGUACUAUCUCGAAGAUCCAAGUGGCACAAUACAGCUGAACAUAUCAAAAGCACAGUUCCACAGCGGCCUCUACACAGAGUCCUGCUUUGUUCUUGCCGAAGGGUGGUAUGAGGACUCAGUCUUUCAUGUCAACGCUUUUGGGUUUCCACCAACUGAACCUUCCUCCACAACAAGAGCCUAUUAUGGGAACAUCAACUUUUUUGGAGGCCCCUCCACCACCUCAGUGAAAGCCUCUGCUAAACUGAAGCAACUGGAGGAAGAGAAUGAAGACGCCAUGUUUGUCAUCGUGUCCGACCUGUGGCUGGACAACGUUGAGGUUCUGGAGAAGAUCCACACAAUGUUUACAGGAUACUCGGCUAUGCCCCCCACCUGCUUCAUCUUCUGUGGGAACUUCUCCUCAGCCCCGUACGGCAAAAACCAGAUCAAGUCACUCAAAGAAUCGUUGAAGGCUCUUGCUGAUGUGAUCUGUGAAUACCCCAACAUCCACAACAAUAGCAGAUUUGUGUUUGUGCCUGGACCUGAGGACCCUGGCCCCAGUGCAAUACUGCCAAGACCCCCCUUGGCAGAACACAUCACAGAGGAGUUCAGACAGCGAGUGCCUUUCUCAGUGUUCACAACCAACCCAUGCAGGAUACAGUACUGCAGCCAGGAGAUUGUGGUGAUCAGAGAAGACCUCGUCAACAAAAUGUGCAGGAAUUGUGUUCGCAUGCCCAGUGGCAGUCUUGACAUUCCCAACCAUUUUGUGAAGACCAUCUUGUGUCAAGGCCACCUGAGUUCCUUGCCCUUGUACGUCAGCCCAGUGUAUUGGGCAUAUGACUAUGCGCUCCGAGUGUACCCAGUGCCAGACGUCAUUGUCUUUGCCGACAAAUACGACCCUUUCAACAUCACCAACACGGACUGUCUGUGUAUCAAUCCGGGAUCUUUUCCAAGGAGUGGCUUCACAUUUAAGGUGUACUACCCAUCCAAUAAAUCAGCAGAGGACAGCAAACUUCAAGGACUCUAGCAGACAACACAAGAACUUCGGCAUUGUGAUCUUCUAUAGCUGUACACUUCUUUGUAAUAUAUUGUGUGGUUGUCUUUUCUUAAGUGUUCUUAAUCUUGAUCAUCUCUGCAAUUCUUUUAUUGUUACUCUCAAUAAAGAAGAUGAAUUCGA